CUGAUUGCGGACGCUCCACCGAUAAUCUUUGUGAUAUUCCAUUGGCUUAUACCCCUGCUGGAAGCUGCACCAAUUCUAACAUCAUUUACUGCAACGUAUCCACCAGCUUUAAACACAGUGUUGUUGCCAGAUGAUGUCUUAGCGCGUGCUAAUCUUAUCUCGGUGAUUACUGUUGUGAUAUGGUUUAUAGUUUGUGCACUAUGUUACAUUCCAGUGCUUCUACAGCUGCUGCGGAGCAACGUCCUGGUCAACAGGAAAAAACGAAACGAGGUUCGACUUAGCAUUCAAGUGGUUGGUCUAAUGAUUGCAUUUCUGCUUGUCUUUGUAUAUCAUAUUGGUCAAUACAUCAUGCUUCAAUCUAGUCCAGUAAGUUUGCGAAUGGAACAGUUUUGGUAG